CAGCUGACAUGUGACCAGCUGUUUACCAGACAAGCAACAAGAUGCUGGAGGCUCCGCGGCUGGAGACCAGCCCCAUCGCGGUGGCUGUGAUCCCCGAGACCCGCGAGGAGGUGGCGGACAUCCGCGGAGCGCAGCUCGCUCCGGGGGGCUCCUUGAUCGGCUGCCUGCUGCCGGGGGCCCCGGGGGGCCUCCCGCUGCCGGGGGCCCCGGGCCGACUGCUGCUCUGGGACCCUGCGGACAGAGGCGCUCCUCCUGCGGCUGUGGACGUUUCCUGCACCGAGUUCUCCUGGGAGGAGCAGAGCGUCCACAGUCGGGGCGUCAGCAGACUCCUGGCUGUGGGACCUCAGUGUGACCUGAAGCUGCUGGAGGUGGAGGUCGAACCAUCAGCCGCCCUCGCUCUGCUCUGCGUCUCUGGAUGUGCUGCGGACCUCCUGCUGCAGGCUGUGAGACAGCAGGACCACAGUGUGUUCCAGCUGCAGUCGCUGCGUCUGUUGUCGUUCGCCGCCGGACGCAGCUGCGUGCUGCUGAAUGAUGAUUGGCUGCUGCAGCUGCAGUGGCUGCAGGCGGAGGCGGAGCCACAGAUAUUAACCUGCUGCAGCAUCCAGCCGCCUGAAGGCGACAGACACUCAGCUGUCAGUCACUGUGUCUGUAGAGACACACUGUUCACCCUCAGCGCCUCUGGACUCAUCUCUGUGUUCAGGAUCUCUGACGGCCUCCUGCUGGCCAGCGUUGAUAUCCCUCUGUACCUGAGCUCCGACCUGGAGGAGGACGAGGUGGUCUCCUCCUCUCCAGCCUCCUCCUCCUCCUCCUCCUCCUCCUUCUGCCUCCUCCAGGUGUCGGCUGACCUCAGCACAGCCGUUGCCGUCACUCAGUCUCACGCUGCCGUCGGCGUGGACCUUGACCACUACUUCAGGAUGUGUCCAGACCACCUGAUCUGUGCCGUCCCGCCUGCUCGCCCCGACCUCGGGCCAAUGAGAGACCAGGACGGUCUGUCGAGCUGCAGCCUCGCCGCCCUCGGAUCCACCUUCAGUACUGACCGUUCCUGGGAAGCUCAUCUGGCCUCCAUGUACAGCAGAGCUCAGCAGGCUCCACCUCCCUCCACCUCCUCCACCUUCUCCUCCUCCUCCCAGCCUGCCGGGAUGCCCUGGUCCUCCUCCCUCCCCCACCUGGAGUCCCACCAGGCUCCAUCCUCGGCCCACAGCCGAGUCCCUUGCGGAGGAGCAACCGUCAGCUUCUCCGUCCCUGAGUCCUCCGCCCCCUGUCUGCUCUCUGUCUCCGGGUUCUCUGCCCUGCUGACCUUCGUCUGCCCCGGAAACAGGCGGACCACAGUAGCCUCGUGGGAUUUUGCCUCCGGGAGUGUGAGCCUCCACCAGGAGGAGGAGGAGGAGGCGGCUCCUCUCCUGCGCUGUGGAGAGAGACAGCACAGACUCCUGCUGAAGAAGGCCGGCGUGUUCCAGGUCUUGUUCUCCGUUUCCCAGCAGGACCUGCUCAGCAGCUUGAUGCUGUUUGGAAGUGCAGCAACAGUAGAUGCAGUGUGUCACCUGAACAGCUGGGGGCGCUGCUCCAUCCCCAUCCACGCCCUGCAGGCCGGACUGAAGAACCGUCAGCUGGACACGGUGGACUUCUACCUGAAGAGCAAAGAGAACCUUCUGAACCCAUCAGCAGAUCAGCUGCCGGCCUCCACGCCGAGCCUGACCCACUGUGUCCAGGAGUUGUGUCCUGCGUUGGACCUGCUGUGUUCGGCCGUCAGAGACUCGAACAGUGAAGCUCAGAGUCGACAGUUUUCAGAACAGUUGCUCAACUUCACCUUGAACUUUGUCAACACACAGAUCCGCUCUGUGCUGUCCAGCUCCCACUAUGAGGACGCAGGUGUGCGGAGCUGCGUGGACGUGCUGGACCGCUACGUCACUGAGCUGAGGAGCUACAUGAAGAGAUAUCCCUGGCCAGCAGGGGGCGACGUCUCCAGCACCGACUCUGCUGCUCCAGCCCAGGAGGAGGCGCUGGAGGACGAAUGGGAGCAGCUCCCGACAGAGGAACUGGUCCACCGAUCCAUCCUGACCAAUCAGAUCCCCAGAGCUCAGGCCAUCCUGAGGAGGCGGAGCCGCCCGGAGCAGCACCUGUGGGCUCUGAGGAGGGAGGGGCUGCGGCAGGUCUUCUCCCGCCUGCAGCAGCGAGACGUGCAGACGGCCACCGCCCUCCUCGUCAACAUGGGUUUCAGUGUGAAGAAGCAGCUCCACAGUUUCUGUCUCUACACGGACGACAAACACCUGAGGGAGUUUGUGGUGGAGGAGCUGUCAAGGCGGAGUUAUUUUGCAGAGGAGGAGAUGCAGAGUGUGAUGUUCAUCAGGCAGAUGGAGAAGCUGGGAUCAGUGUUUCCCUCUCGCUGCCCUGCAGACUCCACAGGGCUCAGGGUCGUUCAGAUGGUUCACAGGGAGCCGGGAGGCGGGGCCGAGGAGGUCCUGGAGGAGCUGGUGGGACAGAGGCGGUCUGAGGAGGAAGCAGGGCUCUGGCAGAACGUCCGAUUGGACUGGGUGAGGAACUGGGACCAGAGCUGUCGGACCGGCGUCCUCCUGUCCCGACUGCAGCACACAGAGUUGAGCUCCUGUGACCCUGCCGUGCUGUGGCGUUACCUCACCGCCCUCCACGACCAGCACCGGGUGUUGGACUGGAUCCAGAACCAAGAGACCGCUGGCGCCUCCCUGUGGCCAGAGUUGGCUCCGGAGCUGGUGAACAACAACACACUGUGCAGCACGUACAUGAGGGAGCAGAUCCUGGACCUGCUGGCCAGACGAGGCCGCUUCAUCCCGGAGGAGCUGGAGGAUCUGGAGAAGCUGCUGUGGCGGCUGGCUCAGGGUGGGGGGGCGAUGGCUUCGUCUCCUCCCGUCCCUCAGUACCGCUCGCCGCUCGGCCUCGACCUCCAUGGCCUCGUCAUCACCUUCUGUCUGGACCACGGCCUGAAGUACCUGCUCUACACCUACCUGGAGCACUACAGGUUGACUCCCAGGAACUGCCCCGUCCUGACCAAUCAGAGCCUGUCUGAGAGUCAGCCCUGGUUCGAGAUGAUGGUGAAGAUCCAGGAGAUCACCAGGGAUCUGUCAGACCCUCGCCUGCUCUUCCAGGCCUGUUUGACCAGCGCUCAGGUUCUGCUGCCGGGCAGCCAGGCGUCUCUCAGCAGCCUCCUGCUGGAGGGACACAGUCUGCUGGCGCUGGCUGCCAUCACCUUCGCCCCCGGAGGAAUCGACCAGGUGGUGGUCCAGGGGUCAGAAGGGUCAGGGAGGACAGUCGACCCUCAGCUCCUGAAGAUGGCGCUGGCUCCCCACUCCAAGCUGAAGGCCGCCCUGUUCCCCCCCGGGCCCCGGGGACACAGCCCGUCCUCGGACAUCUCUGUUUACCAUCUGCUGCAGUCGCUCCAUCCUCUGGACCCGUCCAGGCUGUUUGGCUGGCAGGCGGCCAACACCCUCAACUCCACCGAGACGUCCGAGCUGCCUCACUUCUCCAGCCCUCACCUGGUCAACAGGUUCGCUCUGGUGGAGAACCUGGACUUCCUGUACUACCUCCGUCACGGCCGACCGUCCUUCGCCUUCGCCACGUUCCUCGUCCAGCAGCUGAGCAGCUGCAGCGACUCCACGCUACUCUGGCAGCAGGCCCGGCAGCAGGUGUACCGGUUUGCUCUGCGGUGUUUCAACGUCCCGUCGGUGACGUCUGCAGCCGUUUGUUUCUGUGAGCUGCUCGGAGUCUGCAGCCUGCGCCUGAGAGUCGACCUCAGAGCCAUGAACUCCAUCCUGCAGCACUGGAGCCAACACAACACACACACUGCCCCCACACAGAGGCUGCACACUCUGGGAGUGAAGUUGGCAGAGGCGGAGCCUGGCGCAGCGGAGCAGCUGAUUGGUUACCUGGAGGCUGCAGUGGCGGACAGCGUGGAGCAGAGGGGCGUGGCCAGGUCGUCAUACGAGGCGUCUCAGGAGUGGGCGGUGCCAGUUCAGUUCUGUCAGCUUCACAGUCUGGAGCUCAGCUCUGUUUACCCCGCCCACUGCGCCGAUGACGGACAGUUUGUCCACUUCCUGUUGUUUGUUGAGCUGCACAGUUUCCCGCCCCAGCAGGUGAGGUCACUGGUGGCUCGGUUUGGCCCCGCCCUCCAGGCCCACCUGAGCCUGGCGUUCCAGGAGCUGCAGCUGCACCGUCAGAGGAGGAGCAGUGGAUCUGAGGAGCAGCCGCAGUGUGGGAGCACAGAGAAGGCCUCUGGGGGUCCGGAGCCCCUCAGGGAGCUGUUCCAGGUCCUGCUGCAGAGCCAGGAGGAGGCGUCGCCCUGCAGGUUCCUGCUGCACGAGGCGCUGGUGCAACGCUGCCCCACACUGGCUGUGCUGGCUGCCUGUCAACAGGGGGCGGAGCUGCUGCCCUGCCUGUGUGUGUGGGUGUUGACCUCUGUGAAUGAUGUCACACUGAGUGAAGCCACCGCCCACCUGCUCGAAGCCCCACAGCACCACGAGUGGACCCUGCACGACCUGUCAAUCAUCUGGAGGACGCUGCUGGGGCGGGGCCACGUCAGGCCCCUCCUACGAGGCUUCGCUCUGUUCCAGAGGGACUGCCCCCUGGUGCUGGUGCUCAGGAUGUUCGAGCUGUGUUGUGACUACAGGAACUUCUCCGAGGCCAAAGUGAAGCUGCUGGAUUUCCAGAGGACGCUGAUCACUCUGAGAAACAGUGGCCCGGUGCCCCCUGGUGGACUCCCCCUGCAGUGGGUGGAGAGCCAGGCCUCGGUGCUGCUCCUCACGAUGCUGCAGCGCUGCUCCUCCCAGUACGACCUCCACCGCCUGCUGCAGCUCCUGGCCGACGUGGACAAGCUCCUCAAGUCCAACGGUCCAGACUUCAGGAAGCUGAGUCGGCUCAGUCAGUUGCUGCAGGGCUCAGACGUCAGCUUCUCUCCCAGGCUGCUUCAGUGCAGUUCACCCUCUGUCCAGCAGGAGGAGUUUCAGGCUGCUGUGGACGCUCUGCAGGCCAGGGGGCGCUACACUCAGGCCAGGAAGGUGGCGCUGCUGGCCGACCUGCCCGUCCACCACCUGCUGCUCAGCCAGCUCCUUCAGGAAAUGAACUCCCAGAAGUCCAAGACAACGUGGAGGAGGUUGGAGACCCGAGUCAGUUUCUGGAGGAGUUGUCAGGAGCAGCUGAGGAGCGACAGCACUGAUCCAGGAUCAGCCUCCGGUUUCUUCUUGUCGCAGGCUGAAGCCUCAGAUUCCUCGGCAGCUGCAGAAGUUCAGACGGAGCUGCUGGACGUCCAGGAGCGCUGCCUCCUGCUGGGCCUCGCCGCUCACUGGCUCUCCCAGCUCAGCCCGACUCCCAUCGACCAGCUGGAGAGCAUGGAGAAGAAGCUUUGGAUCAGCCGGGUCCGACAACACGUCCUCGCCGUGGCCAUGGAGCAGGAGAGCGUCUUCAACCUGCCGCCGCCCGCCGUCGCACCGGAAAUGAACAAGUAUGAAGUUCUCAUGAAGGAGUUCUCCUUCUCUAACAUAUCAGCUCUGAACACGGAGACCUGCCUCCGUCUGGACGGACUGCCGGGUCGCUCCGAGGAGCAGGAGGAGCAGGAGGAGGAGCAGGACAUCAACUCCGAGGAGAGGAGAGUUCUGGCUUCUCUGAUUGGUCAGCUAUUAGAUGACGGCAGUAUCCAUGAAGCCAGCCGAGUCUGCCGCUACUUCUGUCUGCACCACCCAGACGUGUGGGUGGUGCUGCGCUGCCGAGGGCUGGCGUCCGGAGAACUGAGCCCCGCCCCACAGGAGGAGGAGUCAGAGGCGCCGCCGAGGAGGAGCAUCACCCCCUCGUCAUCGUUCGGCAGCCUGUCGCUCGCCAUGACUCCGCCCCCUGAAGACGAGGUCGCCGCCCAGCUGCAGCGACUGGUGGAUCAGUGCUGCCAUGGCAACAACUACUGCAAACAGGUCCUGAGCCUCUACCAGCUCUCCAAGGAGCUGCAGAGCUCGUUCAGUCAGAUCUGCCUCCAGGAGCCGCGCUCGGUGCUGGAGCUGCUGCUGCAGUCGGAUCAGCCCGAGCGCUUCAGGAAGGCUCAGGCCUUCAUCCGGGCCCAGGGCCUCUCCACAGACACGGUGGCCGAGCUGGUCUCCUCCGCCGUGGCCCAGGCGCUGCUGGCCUCCGCCCACGACCUCCACCCGGUAGAGAAGCAGGUAUUCCGGCCGUCGGAGGGGCGGGACUCGCUGCUUCAGCUGAUCAAACUAUGUGAUGACCCGAAUCUGGUGGGAAUCAAACUGCUGGAAAACGUCAACGUGGUUCCACUGAGAGACCUGAGCUGCAUCGUGGAUCUGCUGAUCGCUGCUCACGACUGUUUCAGUCUCACCUGUAACAUGGAGGGAAUCGUCCGGGUGCUGCAGGCCGCCCGUCACCUCAGCCACACCUACCUGGCCCCGGGGGAGCACUACGGCCUGCUGGUGCGUCUGCUGACAGGCAUCGGCAGAUAUGAUGAGAUGACGUACGUCUUCGACCUGCUGCAUCAGAACCAUCGCUUCGAGAUGCUGCUGAGGAAGAAGGUGGACAUGGACCGAGGACAGAGCUCCAGUCUGAAGACGGCUCUGCUGGACUACAUCAGGCGCUGCCUCCCUGCAGACAGCGAGAAGCACAACAUGGUGGCGCUGUGCUUCAGCAUGAGGAGGGAGAUCGGAGAGAACCACGAGAUGGCUGCCAGGACGCAGCUGAAGAUCAUCGAGUCUCAGGAGUGGGUCGUCACGCCGGAUCUGAAGAGCUCAUUGGUCAAAGUGUUGGGUCUGUUGAAGGACGCAGCUGAGAGCUUCUCCAAGGACUCGUGUGUGCGUCAGGCCACUCGCUGUGUCCUCACAGCUAAGCUAGUCGCUCUUCAGCUCCACUUCCUGAACCAGGGCUCAGACGUACGUGUCAUCAACCUGCGACCUGCGGUGCUGCUGAACACGCUCGUCCAGCUGCCGCGAUGCUACCAGGUGUUUGUGGUGUCGGAGGCGUACGGCGUCAGUCCCGACUGGGCCGAGGUUCUGUUCCAGAAGGUGAUUCUGAAAGGAGACUUCGUUUACCUGGAGGAGCUGAAACGCCACCGCCCGCUGACCUCCAGCCUGUUCGAGGACAUUUUCAAGAAACUGGACGGCGCUCCCAGCAGCGUCACUGUGCACGUGAAGCGCCUGCUGACGCACUGCGAGGACGUGUACAGCCGCUACAGACUGGCCUACCAGCAGAAACUGGACCACGUCACCAAAACCAUGCUGCAGGACGCAAAGACGUCCAACUACCUGAACGACAGACUGGCCAGCUGAUCCGCUGAGCCACUGGUCUGUCAAAGAAGAACUUUACAAAACUCACUGAGCAAAUAGAAGUUUGUUCUCUUAUCUUCUGUGGAGACUAAAAUCUGAUGCUCUCAGUGAAACAUCCCUGUUAGUUAAUAUUAAAGAGAUGAAAUGUUACAAGCUGAGAAUCAACAGAAAACCUUCAUGAAAACUUCUGUGAACAUGUAAAUUAAAGAGACUUUUUAAACGGC